GCGAUAUCUAGUGCCCACAUGGCGGCUCAGUGUUUACUCCAGAUCUAAAACUCGGUACUUGCGUGGCGUAUACGAGCUGAAAACUUUGCUUUGUAGCUUGCAUGUUUUCACGAAGGCGCAAUUUGGCUGUUCAAGGCCGCCCAGAAACAACGGCACAAGUUUAGGCGCAGAUUGGUGCUGUGACGUCAGAGUUCCGCGCUGAAACUCGGCCGAGCCACCAUUGACAACCCUGAACUCGACAAUACACGCCCAGCAACAUGUCAGAAACAGGAGGUGAAGGAGUCCAGGACGACAGCGAGCCACCUCCUCAAGCACCGCCGGAACCUGGCGGGCAUCCUCCUGAGACCGGAGAGGGUGGAGGUGCCACUGAAGCCAAACGCCCCCGAAUGAGUGUGGAACACCAGGGAUCCGGUGGCACUGGAUCAUGUGACUAUCCACCAGAACAAGUCCUGGACCCCACACCACCAGGUGCAGAUAGUGAUGGUGUCAUUAAAUCUGAAUCGACACCAACUGUGACUGGUGAAGCAGUGGAGGGGGUGUGGCCUCAGAAUGGAGGCGAGGCAAAUGCACUGGAGGAAGCCAUUGAAGAAAAAGAAGAGGUGCAUGAUCUGGCUGAAGGAGAGGUUGAUCAACCGCAUGAGGUGGAGGACCAUGAGACAGCGGACAGUGUGGGUGAUAAGCAGAGCGUCGGCUUGGAUUUUGAGCAGAAUCCUCAAGUGCUGGCGACUGCCUGGACCGACUACUCCCAUGUUCCGGAGAACUACCUGAAAGGUUGCAAAUGGGCUCCAGAUGGUUCCUGCCUGCUGACUAACAGUGCAGACAACGUGCUGCGCCUCUUCAACCUCCCUCCGGAAAUCUACAGCUACAACUGGGACAUGAUUCCAGAGAUGAGUCCAGUCCUCAGGAUGGCAGAGGGAGAUACUGUCUAUGACUACUGUUGGUACCCCAAGAUGACCUCCUUGGAUGCCGACACUUGUUUUCUGGCCAGCAGCAGCCGGGACAACCCAGUCCACAUGUGGGAUGCCUUCUACGGGGAGGUUCGGGCCAGCUUCCGGCCGUACAACCACUUGGACGAGCUGACCGCCGCCCACUCCCUCUGCUUCUCUCCAGAUGGCUCACAGCUCUACUGUGGAUUUGACAAGAUGGUGCGGGUCUUUUACACUGACAGACCAGGUCGGGACUGCGAGGAGAGACCCACGACUGUUAAGAAGCAGGGCCAGAACGGAAUCAUCUCCUGCUUCAGCUUCAGUCCCUGUCAGUCAGUGUACGCUUGUGGCUCCUACUCCCGCUGUGCUGGACUCUACUCCUGCCAGGAUGGUACAAUGCUAGCCCUGCUGCCCACCCUCCACCAUGGGGGCAUCACCCACAUGCUCUUCUCCCCAGAUGGAAAUUACCUGUACACUGGGGGGCGGAAGGACUCUGAGAUCUUGUGCUGGGAUCUGAGGGAACCAGGAAAGGUCGUGUUUUCAAUGAAGAGAAACGUGGCGACAAACCAGCGUAUCUACUUCGACCUGGACGCGUCGGGGCGGUACCUUCUGAGUGGGGACACGGAGGGCGUGGUCUCAGUGUGGGACACUCACACAGCUCCACCUGAUGGCAGUGAAGAGCUGUUGCAGCCCAAGCUCAGGUUCCAGGGCCACUGGGAUUGCACCAACGGCCUCAGCAUUCACCCAUUCAUGCCUUUGUUGGCGACAUCCAGCGGCCAGCGACAAUUCCCCUCGCCGGGGGACAGCGAUUCAGAUGGAGAUGGGCCUGUGAUGUCAGCUCCGGUCUCUCGCCAGGACAACGCUCUGUGUGUGUGGUGGGCCGGACCACUUGCUGCAGCCCAGGAUCAAGACAAGGAGCUUGCUGCCGCAGAGGCCGAAGGCACUGGUGGACUGGCGAGCUAGCACACAGUUUACUGUUGAAUUUUAACUCCUCAGAGAGCAGAGCCUCAAAUGUUCUUGGUUUCUCCCGCUCUCCAUUUUUUCUUUUUGGUGUUGUGACUGUUGCCUUGGAGAUUUGCGGUGGAAAUGUGUUAUGUUUUAAGAAUCUCUUUUGUUUUUACUUUUUAUUUCACCUAAAGUUCUAUUUUUGUAAACUCUGAUGUCUUAACAUGUAUCUACAAAUGAAUUUCGCUAAAAAAAAGAACCAUUUCGAACCAUUUACAGAAGUGCCAAAUGUCAACUGUGAACUACAUCUGCAUUGUGAGAAGUUGGAAAAGGUUAUGUUAAAGAGUAUUUGACCAACAAAGCUGCGAAAAUGAUUGUAAGCUCUGGGAUACAAAAAAAAUGUUUUUAACUCCAGGAUUUUUUGUCUGCAGCAGUCUUUAUUUUCAACACUUGCUCUUUAUAAAUGUCUGCCUGUCUCUGUGUGGUGUGAAGUUAUGGGUCACAGCUCGACAAGCGAUGCCACCAUCAUGACCCUGUGGUGGUCUUUGAAAAAUUCAAU